AAAAGCAGCCGCCGUCGUCCUCUUGUCUAUCUCCUCCAUCUUCCAAACCUAAAAAACAAACAGCCGACUGAGAGAUCUUCUUUCAUUCAUUUUACGAUUCAGCAGGGAGGGAGGGAGGGAAGGGAAGGUUCAAUCAGCCAGCAAGCAAGCAAGCAAGCAAGCAGAACAACUAAGGAUCGUAGAUACAGAAAUACUGUAGUCUGAUUGAUCUGCUUCAAGGAUUUUCCGGGUGCUUAACAUAAUGGAUGAAACAGAAAACAAUGAUGAUUUCACCUUUUGUCAGGUUGGUGAAUCGGAACCGAAAGGUUUACCAGAUGUCAGUAGUAUGAGUAUAAAAGAUGAAAAAAAUAGUGGUACUAUUUGGGGUGACAAUUCAAGAAGUAACGUUGACUCAGAGAAGCAGGAAAAGGUCGGAUCUUUGACUUUUAAGGUUAUUGAUGCAUCCUCACAAAAACCGUCAACCAAGGUAGGCGGGUCAAACGUUGGAAGUUCAAAGGAAACAAAAAGUGCUGUGAAAAAGCCGGCAACUCGGGCUAAGGUUCCUUUUCAAAUAGGGUAUAGCCAUAUGGAUUGGCUCAAGGUCACUCGCACGCAUCCUGAUCUAGCAGGAUUGAAGGGACAAUCAAACAAGAGACUUAUACCGUUAAGUGAAGUCAAACUACACAAUACAGAGGACUCGAUGUGGACCGUUCUUAAAGGCCGUGUUUACAACAUCACUCCAUACAUGAAAUUUCAUCCUGGAGGUGUUGAUAUGUUAAUGAAGGCGGUUGGAAAAGAUUGUACCGCUCUCUUCAAUAAAUACCAUGCUUGGGUGAAUGCUGAAUUUAUGCUGGAGAAGUGCCUUGUUGGGAUUUUAGACGAUAGCCGGAAAUGAUGUUUUGAAUAAUUUCUCACACACCAUUUAACAUUGUGAUAGUUAAACAAUAAUGUUGUGAGUUAUAAGUUCAUUGAUUAAGUAAAAUCUGUAUACAUACAUUAUUAAAAUUGACAUGUGUAUACAUUUGUGUUGUUUUUUAUUUUAUUUGUUAUUUAGACA